AUGUCGUACAGAGUCGCCGCCCCCGAUGAGUACCUCGCCAUCACGGGUAUGUCCGUGAAGACGGUCAAGAUCACCAAGGCAGCUUGGGUAUGGCCCUUUCAGCGCUGUAUGCGCUUCAGCGUCCAGCCCCACGACUACGCCAUGAACCUGCAGGCCAUGACCAAGGAGAAGCUUCAGUUCCUCCUGCCCGUAGUCUUCACCGUCGGUCCGGACGUCAACCAGCGUGGCGCCAACGCCACACACCAAUCAGGCCACUCAAUUGCUUCGAGCCACGAUGACGAAGACGAUGGCCAUAUUUCGUCCAACCGCCGCGAGGAUCGCGGUGACUCCCUCAUGAAGUACGCCAUGCUGCUCGCCGACUCCGGCGAGAAGAAGAGCGGCACCAUGCUCCACCUCGAGAACAUUGUCAAGGGCAUCAUCGAGGGUGAGGUCCGCGUCCUCGUCUCGAGCAUGACCAUGGAGGAGAUCUUCACCGAGCGCGAGGUCUUCAAGCGCCGCAUCUUCAAGAACAUUCAAUCCGAGCUUGACCAGUUCGGUCUCAAGAUCUACAACGCAAACGUCAAGGAGCUCAAGGACGCCCCUAACUCCAACUACUUCGAGUCCCUCUCCCGCAAGGCCCACGAGGGCGCCAGCAACCAGGCCAGGAUCGACGUCGCCGAGGCCCAGCUGCGCGGAAACGUCGGCGAGUCCAAGCGCAAGGGUGAGCAGGAGCGCGAGAUCGCAAAGAUCUACGCCGAGACCGCCGUCCAGAAGACGGAGCGCGACAUUGAGCGCGCCACCGCCGAGGCAAACCUCGACACCCGCCAGGCCUCCCUCAGCAAGGAUGUCGAGAUCGCCCGUGUCGAGGCCCGCCGCGCCCUCGAGUCCAAGGACGAGGACCUCAAGCGCGAGGUCGAGGUCAAGCGCGCCGCCGCCGAGAUUGAGCGCCUGCGUGCCACCGACGUCGUCAAGGCCACCAUCGAGCGCGAGGCCCGCCAGCAGCAGGCUGACGCUGAGGCGUACGCCAUCGAGGCCGACGCCAAGGCCAACUUUGAGAAGAGCCAGCGCGAGACCGAGGCCAAGGCCUACAAGACGCAGAAGGACGCCGACGCCCAUACCACGGCCGAGUUCAACCGCACCACCAGGACCGCCGACGCCAACGCCUACAAGACCCGCCAGGACGCCGAGGCGCACCAGUACUCGGCCCAGCUGACCGCCGAGGCCGAGCUCUCCCUGGCCCUGAAGAAGGCCGAGGGUGUCGCCGCCAUGGCGGACGCCUACAGCAAGAUGGCCGGCGCCUUCGGCGGCCCCUCCGGCCUGCUGCAGUACCUCAUGAUCGAGAACGGCACCUACGUCGACCUGGCCAAGGCCAACGCCGAGGCCAUCCGCGGCCUGCAGCCCAAGAUCAGCGUCUGGAACACGGGCAGCCAGGGCGGCGACGGUGCCGGUGGAAACUCGGGCAUCGACACCAUGCGCAACGUCUACCAGAUGCUGCCGCCCCUGAUGACCACCAUCAACGAGCAGACCGGCAUCACGCUUCCCGAGUGGCAGUUUGGCAAGCUCAACGCUGGCAUGGAGGCGAUGCAGGGCGAGAAGUCAAAUGUCAACGGUGGCCAUUAG